AUGGCUCUUUUGCCAUACUCAAAAUGCAUUUUUCUUUUUGCAAUCAUUUUUUUUGUCUUCUUGACAUUAUCAUCAAUCACUCAAGCAGAGCUUGAUGCUCACUACUAUGAUCAAACAUGUCCACAAGCAGAGAAGAUCAUUUCAGACACUGUUCUCAGUGCAUCCACAUUUGACCCUAAAGUCCCAGCUCGGAUACUGAGGAUGUUCUUCCAUGACUGUUUCAUAAGGGGUUGUGAUGCAUCAAUAUUGCUGGACUCAACUCCCGAAAACCUGGCUGAGAAAGAUGGUCCACCUAAUCUCUCUGUUCAUUCAUUUUAUGUUAUUGAUGAAGCCAAGACCAAGCUUGAGAAAGCUUGCCCACACACUGUUUCUUGUGCUGAUAUAAUCGCCAUUGCAGCUAGAGAUGUGGUAUCAUUGUCUGGAGGACCAUAUUGGAAUGUGCUGAAAGGAAGAAAAGAUGGAAGGGUGUCCAAGGCAUCAGAAACAGUAAACUUGCCUGCUCCAACCUUAAAUGUGAACCAACUCAUUCAGAGUUUUGCAAAGAGAGGUUUAGGGGUCAAAGACAUGGUGACUCUCUCUGGUGGCCACACUCUUGGCUUUUCACACUGUUCUUCUUUCCAAGCUAGAGUUCACAACUUCAGUUUGUUGCAUGACAUUGACCCAAGUUUGAACACUGAGUUUGCACUAGACCUAAAAAGGAAGUGCCCAAAACCAAACACAAACCCCAGUGCUGGACACUUCCUGGACUCAACAUCAUCAGUGUUUGACAAUGAGUACUAUAGACAAUUGUUGGUGGGAAAGGGUUUGUUCUCAUCAGAUCAGUCACUAGUUGGUGAUCAAAGAACUAGGUGGAUUGUGGAAGCAUUUGCCAAAGAUCAGGGUUUGUUCUUCCAAGAGUUUGUGGCUUCAAUGUUGAAGCUUGGGAAUGUGGGGGUCUCUGAAAAUGGGGAAGUGAGACUUAAUUGCAAGGUUGUGAAUUGA